AUGCUAUCCAGCACCAUCACCCGUUCUCGGCCAACGGCCACCAUGGCCAAACUUGCUGGUGGCAUGUUGGUCGCGGGGCUCGCCACAAAGUACACAAUAGGCGUUGCCCACGCAGAGUCGCCAGCUGCUCCCCCGCGGAGCCAGGUCUUUGGACGAGGCCCAGCUCUCGUCUCCCUCGUAUUGGAGGAUGCAGAGAUGGUCAAUCACAACACGCGGCGCCUUCGGUUCCGGUUUCAGGAUAAGGAAGCGGCAAGUGGAUUGCCGUUGACUUCGGCUUUGUUGACGUAUUCGUGGCCCAAAGACAGCUGGCUACCUGUAAUUCGACCGUAUACGCCCAUCACUACCGCCGAUGAGACUGGCCAUUUGGACUUGCUGGUGAAGCAGUAUCCCAAUGGAAAGUCCAGCACGCACCUGCAUUCCCUCAAACCUGGCCAUACCCUGUUCUUCGUCGCACCCCUCAGCGGCCACCAGUGGCAGCCCAAUAGCUACAAGCAUGUCACUCUCAUCGCUGGCGGGGCUGGCAUCACGCCCAUUUACCAGCUCGCUCAGGGCAUUCUCAACAACCCCGACGACAAGACGGCGGUGACGGUCGUGUUUGGCGUCAAUAGCGACCGGGAUGUCCUGUUCAAGAAGGAGUUUGACGAGUACGAGCAAAGGUUUCCCGGGCGUUUCCGCGCCGUUUAUACCGUGAGCAGCCCUGUGCCAGGGUCGCCGCACCGCAAGGGUCAUGUGAACGAAGCGCUGUUGAAGGAAGUGACGCCGGCGCCGGGGCCUGGCAACAUGGUGUUUGUCAGCGGACCGCCGCCCAUGGAGACGGCUUUGGUGGGAUCACGCCGAGAGCCGGGGAUACUAGAGAAGUACGGGUAUCGCAAGGAGCAGGUGUACAAGUUUUGA